UUGUCGACUAAAACUCGACCAAAAGUGACGGGACCUGUAGUUUGCCAUGUUAUCAGCGGAUGGAAUAUAUCUCAGUUGAAGCGCUUUGUCACAAUUUAACUCUCAGAAGUGCAACAGGAUUUCCGAAGGAAAAAAGCUCUGACAAUGUCUCUACUUUGCGUGAGAGUUAAGAAAGCCAAGCUCCAGGGUCCCCCAGAUAAGUUCAAUACCUAUGUGACACUCAAGGUACAGAACGUCAAAAGCACUACAAUUACCGUAAGGGGGGACCAACCAUGCUGGGAGCAGGACUUCAUGUUUGAGAUCAAUCGCCUGGACCUGGGCCUAAUUGUGGAGGUGUGGAACAAGGGUCUGAUCUGGGACACUAUGGUGGGCACGGCCUGGAUCCCACUGAGGAGCAUCCGCCAAUCAGAUGAGGAGGGCCCGGGUGAGUGGACCUUCCUGGACGCCGAGGUGCUGAUGAAGGCCGACGAGAUCUACGGCACCAAGAACCCCACGCCCCACCGGGUCCUGCUGGACACACGCUUCGAGCUGCCUUUCGACAUCCCGGAAGACGAAGCCCGGUACUGGACCGGCAAGCUGGAGCGGAUCAAUACCAUGAGGAUACAUGAUGAGUACCCAUUGCAAGAUGAAGUUCAAAGGCGACCUCUGCCCUCUGCUGCCUCCCAGUGUUGCAACUAUUUUGGAUGGGGCGAUCCACAGACCCUGGAUGACCACGACAGCGCAGUGGACGACCGGGACAGCGACUACCGCAGCGAGACCAGCAACAGCCUGCCCCCGCGGUACCACACCACGGCCCAGCCCAACUCUUCCCUGCACCAGUACCCCAUGGGGGCUCGGAUACACCAGCAGGCGGACUCCCGAGAGUCCUGCACAGACUCCAUGCAGAGCUACGACCUGGACUAUCGGGAACACAGGGGGGCCAGCCCAGUGGACAGCAGCCGGUUCGGCUCCUCUGGGAACCUCAGCCAGGCCAGCUCACAGCUGAGCGAAAUGGGCCAGGACAGCGCGGCCGGCUCCGAGCUGGAGGAGCGCCGUGACCCUGAGUCCUUCCACUCCUACCACAGCACCGGAAGCUACCGUCCCACCAACGGACAUGCCGCGUGGGACGAGGAGGUGCUGGGGCCCUCCCCGGAACCAGGGCAAGCCCCGAAAGACACCCCCAAAACUGACCAGAUCUCCCCGGUGCAGCCCCCAGCUCUGCAGGAGAAAAAGGCUGAGAGACCAGUGAGAAGCUUUCUGGAUGAUGGGCCUCCACCCUUCUCCCCUUCAAGAGUGCGCUGGCUGAAGGCCAUCAACAAAGUGCGGGUUCAGCUGCAGGAGAGCGAGGGUCACCGCGUGUCCUCUGGCCGCUAG